UAGUACUGGACAUGCAACAUCUAUUAAAGUAUGAAUUAUUAGAUUUAAACUGUAAACGUCGCUCAGAGAUGAUUUUUUUGUGUUUUGUGUGUUUGUUGUGCAGGGAUGCACGAGUCAGUGCGUGAGGUCCACGUCUCGUCAGAGCCCGACUCCUCCUACUUCCUGCGGUUGACCUGGAAGGGGCGGGGCUUAGCUUCGGGCUUCCAGUUGCUGCUGACUGAUGGACAGGAUGCCUGGAGAGGAGACGUGAGCGAGGCGGCGGUGUGCGAGGAGGCGGAGGAGCUGGAGAUGCAGACGGAGCGCUACGUGGACGACCUGCAGCGGGCGUUGAGCGAGCCCGACGGCUCCGCCUCCUACAGCUUCACGCUGACGCCGUCCCCGCCCGGCCGAGGCGCCGCCGUCACGCUGGGGUACGAGAAGGUUCAGAAGGACAUCUCAUUCCGGUUGGGUUCUGUGGUGCUGGAGGCGGUCCCGGAGCCGGCGGAGGCAGUGAGAGAGUUACUGAUCCACAGUCUGCAGAGAGGAGACUCCCUGCAGCAGCACAACCAGAACCUGGAGGAGCAGAACCAGAGACUGAGAGCAGAGCAGCAGCGCAUCACUGCACAACUGAAGCGUUAUGCCAGAGGUAAAGAGACUCUGGAGGCAGAACUGUUCUCUCGCUUCGUUGUGGUUCUGAAUGAGAAGAAAGCAAAGAUCCGCAGUCUGCAGCAGGACGUCACACACCUGCAGGAGGCCAGGAGUUCUGCAGGACAGAAACAGAAAAAGGAUUCAGUGAGAUCGGAGCAGACAGCAGCUCAGGAGGACGACGAGUAUGGAGGAAGUACUGAUGAGGAGCCAGAGGAGGAGCAGUCCACCUCGGCCUCUACCUCCUCCACCCAGGAGCGAUCUACUGCAAGCCCAUUGGACGACAGCCUGAAGGACAUCACAGACGUUGCUCCCUGUCGCAAGCGGCGCUUUCGUCACCUCGGCCGCCCGGACACUGUGGUGAAGCGAGCGAGCCCACAGAGCUCCCACAGACUGAGGGCCGACCCCCCUGCAGGAUCUAGUAAGCAGCAGCAGCAGACUCCCCCUCAGCGCCCUGCAGAAGCUGCAGCAGCAGCGGAGGACCUGUUUGAGGACUUCUGACCCUGGUUCCACUGGUUCCACUGGCCUGCACAGAGAGAACACUGGUUUAUAUAUCGGUUGGUAAAGAUGACAUAUUUUUAUACUUGAUGAAUGCAUUAAGGGUCAUGAGUUGCAGUAACUAAUAUUUGUGACAAAUGAAGGGAAAAAACACAAUAUGGCCGCCUGUCAUGAUAAUUACAAUAUCAACUUAUGUCCAUGUAGCGUACCAU